AUGGAUCAGCUUACCAGCACAGGAAGCAUUCCAGGCAGUUAUCAGUGUCAGGAACGAAACUCUCCAGAACAUCUUAUUAUCAAGUCCAGCGACACAUCAAGGCGUUGUAUAUUGGUGCUUACUCAACAACUGGUUGGGAUUCUCUUUGUAACCGGAAACUGUGCUGACCCCGUUUCGUCUGACCCCCAUCUGAUGAUAGAUACCAGAACCUACCACAAUAUCGUGGUAUUCACAUGUGACACCGGUUACAGGUUAUCGUCCACGUACUACUUCGCCCAGUGUAGAGAUGGUGUGUGGGAUAAAACCACCCCAAGUUGUGAUGCCGUGGAAUGUAAAGUAUAUCAGGAGCAACUGGUGUACCCUGAUAGGAAAUUCUACUAUGGAGACACCGUGUCGUUUUCUUGUCCCAUGGAGUACGACAUGAAGGGUCCGUCCAUUCUUACUUGUGGCCCAGGCUCAUCGUGGGACCAGGAUUUACCAGAAUGUAUUGCCAAAGAAUGCAAGUUAAAACAAAAUGGAAGAGACUAUAAAGGUCUGAUGAACGUAACAACCUCGGGACGUGUUUGUCAGAAGUGGGCGUCACAGAUACCUCAUUCACACGGAUACUUCACGUUAGCAGACCAAGCAAACUACUGCAGGAACCCGAACCGAAACAGUGGCGGUCCCUGGUGUUACACCACGGACCCCGGACUGCAGUGGGAGCUGUGCGACCUACCACGAUGCGUCUGUGACCUUGAGCCUCGCUUUAAUAGUCAUUUGAUAGUGGACGCAAAGGAUUACUAUUACGAUGACCACGCCUACUUUUCGUGUGCCAUGGGAUACGAACUGUUGGGUACGAGAAGUCUACGGUGUCAGGCGGAUGGUUCCUGGUCCGGCACAUUCCCUACAUGUUUAGCUAUUGUUUGUCCGAUCCAGUCCAAUAUUGACAAGAACCUGUUGUACCAGACCCGUACAUAUCAUUUCAACGACACUUUGGAAUUAACAUGUGUAAAUGGAUUCACUCUGAUCGGAAGUUCAACUUUAACUUGUCGUAGCGACAAAAGCUGGAGUUCCAGUUUCCCGAUGUGUACAGAGAUACAGUGCGGAAUCACAGGUCAACACCCACAACUGAGAUAUGAAUACAAGACUUAUCAUUUCUCUGACAAAGUCCACUUCUCCUGUCCAGUGGGCUUCCAUAUGGUUGGUCAGGGAAUCCUUGUCUGUACAGCUGACGGCUCCUGGAGUAUGCCUUUCCCAAGUUGUAACGCUGUUAUAUGCCCCUCUCCUGGUGAGGAACAACACUUUUUGUUUGCUGAAAAGUCGUACGGGUAUGGUGACUCUAUCACACUUACCUGUCAAUCUGGUUAUAUUAUGGAAGGAUCUUCGACCCUGAGGUGUCGGACAGACGGACGUUGGGACUCGGAUUUGCCUAUAUGUCGGGCGAUAUCUUGUCCCACCCCAGUAACUACGGACGAACACUUAUUACUGACAGACAUGGAAUACCGAUAUACGGACGAGCUGCAUCUCUCCUGCGAUCAGGGGUACCGUGUAGACGGACGAACCUCACUAUUGUGUCAGGCUAACGGGACCUGGGAUGGACAGCUUCCUGUCUGUCACCAACUAGCGGCAUGCCCCGUAUUUACAUUGUACGACACAGUGACAGUAUCAAACGCAUCCGGCGAGAAGACUCACUAUUUCGGGACAAACGUGGGGUUCAGCUGCUCUUCUGGAUACAUCAUAGCAGGUCCAACAUCUAUCACUUGUCAGGAAGACGGAACAUGGAAUUCGUUACCACCUCGCUGUAUCACUGCAGAAUCUCAGCAAGCAGAUAUGAUGUCAUCUGGUCUAGGAGCUGGUCUCAUUUCAACCUUUGUAGUACUCAUCGUGUGUUUCGUUGUCGCCCUGCUGAUAAUAAACAAAAGGAGGAAGAUGAAGAGACAAAAUGAGGUCCAAUACCCAGUACGAAGAAAGUCUUCAUUCAAAAGAAAUUAUGCAGAAAUGGAUUCCGAUAUUUCUGAUGACUACGAUUCAUUCAGUGAUAGUUUCGAUAAUAUAGAUGACAGGGUGAUGCAGGCGAAAGAGGUUUCUAACACUUACUAUGAAUUUAACCCUCUCUCCAAGGUGCCCGAGGGAAUGAUAGCUGUAGACACACUAGGAGUAUUCGUGAAGAGGGAUCUGAGAGUUGAGGGUUACGUUACCUCAACAUUCGCAAAAUUUAAAGAAGGUUUACAAGAACAAGCAAACGUUGCCAACCUGCCAGAGAACAAGUCUAAAAAUAGAUACAAACAAGUGUUUCCGUACGAUUCCACCCGUGUUUGUCUGGAGAAAGAAAAUGGCGAUACCUCCGAUUAUAUUAAUGCGAGCUACAUAAAUGGAUACGAGAAAACCCAUCAAUACGUGGCUGCCCAAGGGCCAAUGGACAGUACAGUAAAUGAUUUUUGGAGAAUGGUGUGGCAGCUUGGCAGUACCAAAAUUGUGAUGCUGACAAAUCUGACUGAAAACGGGAAGUCAAAAUGCAAACAGUACUGGCCUAACAGAGGGAGUGAACAGUUCAGUUCUAUAACAGUCAGUUUGGAAAAAGAAGAGAGUCUUGCAACGUUUAUGAUCAGACACUUAAAAGUGCAAAAAGGUAAUAUGACAAGAGCAGUAACUAUGUUCCACUACACAGCCUGGCCGGAUCAGAAAGCCCCACCUAGUGCUUCAUCCCUUGUCCAGUUCUACCGGAAAGUAGAGACGCAGGUAUUGGAGGUGCCUAUAGUCGUGCAUUGCAGAAACAAUUCGAGUUUAUUCACGAGGCCCUGCUUGAACAUCUACACGGUUAUACAGCAAUACCAGUCGGCGUGUUUAGGGAAACCUUCCGACAAUUACAGGUGGAAUAUGAGAUGUAAGAGUUUAUCACAAAGAGUUUUUGUAUUCUGUCGUGUUUCUGUGGUAGAUGUUUUACAGAGUGUAUCUCCUAAACUGCCUGAAAGUGCUUUCCUCGAUGGAAAAAAAGAGGAAAAUAAACACAAGAACCGAUACAGCAACCUCCUUCCAGUUGACAGAUAUCGUCCGAUCCUAUCAACUCCUGUAGAGGGAACUAACGACUACAUCAACGCGGCGUUCCUGUCAGACGGAAGUAAAGGUGUGCAGUAUCUCACCACACAAAUGCCCCUCCCACAUACCGUCAUCGACUUCUGGAGACUAGUGUAUGAACAACACGUGACUUCUAUCGUCAUGCUUAACACAGAACUUGACGAACAGAAGGACACUGUAGGUGUGUACUGGCCAACCGAGGAAAACAUGAUUGUGGGACCGUUUGUGGUGACGGAGAAGACAGCUGUCACUCACCACCUGACGGAUAUACACACACUGUCUCUACAAUAUAAACAAGAGAUGCCAACCAUUGUGCGACAGUUUCGAUCACGUGUGUGGUCCGCCACGGAAGCCUGUCCCACAUCGACAUUGGAGUUCCUAAGAUUGCUCGGGCUGGUUCGAGAGUGGCAAACCUCUCAGCAGGGGACAGUCCUCGUCCACUGCAUGAACGGCUUGGACAAGAGCGGGCUGUAUUGUGUCCUUGAUGCCACUAUACAGUCGGCUGACGUCACUAAAAUGGUGGACAUACAAUCAACAAUUAAACAGAUGCGGAAAGCUCAACCUCAGAUAAUACCGAACGAAAGGAGACAGAAGUUAGGUGGUUCACAGGAGAAAGAAGUUUGCACGUUCAGAGGAGACAGAAGCUUGAUGGUUCACAGGAGACAGAAGUUUGGUGAUUCAGAGGAGACAGAUGACGUUUGGUGGUUCACAGGAGACAGAAGUUUGGUGGUUCAGAGGAGACAGAUGACGUUUGGUGGUUCAGAGGAGAUAGAAGUUUGGUGGUUCAGAGGAGACAGAAGUUUGUUUGUAAAAAAGUGUACAGAAGCAUUGUAG